UGGACAAACGCUGCACAGCUAUGGAGAAUGAACCCAACACAACGACAUGUUCUGCAUCCACCACGACCGUCACCACCACCUCCACUUCCCGCACGCCGCUGCCGCAGAUCUCUGUCUACAGCGGCUCUGACAGACAUGCUGUCCAGGUUAUUCAGCAGGCCUUGCAUCGUCCUCCUAGCUCAGCUGCUCAGUACCUCCAGCAGAUGUAUGCAGCCCAACAGCAGCAUCUAAUGCUGCAGACUGCUGCUCUGCAGCAGCAGCACUUAAGCAGUACCCAAUUUCAGAGUCUGGCAACUGUUCCACAGGCAAGCCUGUCAGGUGGGAGGCAAUGUACUUCCCCCACUGGGAGUGUCACUCAGCAGUCAAGCAUGUCGCAGACCUCGAUUAACCUCUCCACCUCUCCUACACCUGCACAGAUAAUAAGCCGUUCUCAGACCUCCAACACCACCAGCAGCAGCAUCACCCAACAGACGAUGUUGCUGGGCAGCACCUCUCCCACCCUGAGUGCAAGCCAGGCUCAAAUGUAUCUGCGAGCUCAGAUGCUUAUUUUUACUCCUGCGACCACUGUGGCUGCUGUCCAGUCUGACAUUCCUGUUGUCUCCUCAUCCUCCUCAUCUUCCUGUCAGUCUGCAGCUACUCAGGUUCAGAACUUGACGUUGCGCAGUCAGAAGCUGGGUGUGUUGUCAAGUUCACAGAAUGGCCCACCAAAGAGCAGCGGUCAAACUCAGUCCCUGUGCCCCAGUAAGGCUGUCAGCAGCUCCAAGGGCAGCCAGCCCGAUGCCUCAGAAAGCAAUAGGAAAGGCGAGAGCCCCGCUCCGGAGUGCCGGAGCACGCCGGUCACACGGACAUCCAGCAUCCACCACUUAAUUACACCAGCUUCAUAUUCUCCAUUGCAACCUCAUUCUCUAGUAAAACAUCAGCAGAUUCCACUUCAUUCACCACCUCCAAAGAUUUCCCAUCAUCAGCUGAUCCUGCAGCAGCAGCAGCAAGUCCAGCCGAUUGCACUUCAGACUCCUCCGGGCCAGGAGCCGCCUCCAUCCCAGCACUGUCUGCCCCUCCCCAGCCAUGCGCUGCCUCCGGCUCCCAGCAGCGUCCAGUCCCACUGCUCCCCUAUCCACGUCCAUCCUCCGCCUCUCACGCUCUCUCCUACCCCGUCCCAGUCAGCUCAGCAGUCAGUGGUGGUGUCCCCUCCGCCGUCCCACUCCCCGAGUCAGUCACCCACCAUAAUCAUUCACCCUCAAGCCCUUAUCCAGUCCCAGGCCAGCUCGCUGGUGCCGGCGGCUCUGCAGCCCGAGCCGGCCGCUCCGCAGGCGGCUGCCGCCAACCCCGUGCGGCCGUCGCAGCCGCUCAGCCUCCCGCAGCACCUGCCGCUCCCGCCCUCGCCCGCCGUGCACCUCGGGGCCGUGGAGCCGCCCAGCUUGGUUUCCCCGGGCCAGCAGCUCGUGUCCUCCACGCCACACCAGCAGUAUCCAGCCCUGCAAUCUGCACCCAUCCCUCUGGCAGCUCCGCCUCAGCUCUCGGCAUCCUCAACCCAGAUUCAACCGCUGCCCCUGCAGUCUGUGCAGUCUUUACAAGUGCAACCUGAAAUUCUGUCCCAGGGCCAGGUUUUGGUUCAAAACACUUUGGUUUCUGAGGAAGAGCUUCCUGCUGCAGAGGCUUUGGUCCAGCUGCCAUUUCAAACUCUUCCACCGCCACAGACGGUCGCAGUAAAUCUGCAGGUGCAGCCGUCAGUUCCGAUUGAAACUCCAGUGAUUUACCAAGUGGAGAAUGUGUGUGAAGAGGAGAUGCCCGAGGACUCAGAUUGUGUCCACAUGGCAAGAACACCUACACCACCCACCUUGUCCCCACCAGCCAUAACCUUGGGCAAUGGAGAGGCUCUUAAUUCAGAAGAUCCUUUGUCAGAACAUGGGGGACUGCCUUCAGUGACAUCAUCAGUCAGUGCCUCAGUAAUUAAAUCUCCAUCUGAUCCUUCCCAUGCCUCUAUUCCACCACCACCUCUUUUGCUUCCAGCAGCAACAACAAGGAGCAACAGCACAUCCAUGCCCAGUAGCAUUCCCAGCCUAGAAAAUAAACCUCCACAGGCUAUUGUUAAACCCCAGAUCCUGACCCACGUCAUCGAAGGCUUUGUGAUUCAGGAGGGGUUGGAGCCAUUUCCUGUCAGUCGUUCAUCUCUGCUGGUGGAACAGCCUGCAGAGAAGAGAUUGCUGGUGGAGGGUCAGAUCAUGAGUGUGGUGUGUGUUGAAUCAGACCUGCAGAACACAAAACAUGCAGACAACUCAUCAGACACAGAGAUAGAGGAUAUGAUUGCAGAAGAGGGACUGGAGGAAAUUGAAAAUGAUCUUCUGAAGUGCGAAUUUUGUGGAAAAAUGGGAUAUCCCAAUAAGUUUCUGCGGUCAAAAAGAUUCUGCUCCACAUCCUGUGCCAAAAGGCACAGCCUUAGUUGCACUAAGAAAUUUGGGCUGUUUCCAUCAGACAAGACCAGUCGUUGGAAUCGGAAGUCAGAUAGCCAAAGUCUUGGGCGACGCGGGCGUCGGCCGAGCGGCCCUGAGGGGGCAUCACGAGAUCAUUUUCUUAGACAGCUUCCAAUUACUUAUCCAUCUGCAGAAGAAGAUCUGGCUCCUCAUGAAGACGCUGUUCCCACGGCCAUGACCACGCGCCUGCGGAGGCAGAGUGAGAGGGAGAGGGAGCUCCGGGAGCUGAGGAUGCGGAAAAUGCCAGAGAGCAUCGACCUCUUACCAGUGGUGCAAACUGACCCCUCAGUAUGGACUGUCGAUGAAGUCUGGGCCUUUAUACAUUCUCUGCCUGGUUGUCAAGAUAUUGCAGAUGAAUUUAGAGCACAAGAAAUUGAUGGACAAGCUCUCCUUUUGUUGAAGGAGGAUCACCUUAUGAGUGCAAUGAAUAUUAAGCUUGGACCUGCAUUGAAAAUCUGUGCACGUAUCAAUUCCUUGAAAGAGUCCUAGGAGUGCAUUCCCAUUGCCUCACUGGAAGCUUCCAAGCACCUUUUCCUUGUCCAGUGGCCAGUGUGAGCUGUGCUUGCACUAAUUUAAGGAAGGAGCAGUGACGCCCCCUCAGAGCUUGUGCAGGAGCAGCUGCUGAAUGCCUGGAGCUGCAGGUCAGCAGGAGGAAUGCCAGCUCUGGGAGAAUGUCCUGGUUUAGGGCAUAUUUGGGAGAACCAGGACAGAGAAAUGUCCAGGGGCCCUGCUUUGUCCCUCUGGCAGGAGAUUUUGUCUUGGAUGCUGCAGACCCAGGUGGUGGCAUUUUAGUGUUCCCCUCCAUCUUCCCUCUCUCACCCUGUGUGGAACAAAUACAUUUCCCCAGUUACUGAUGCUCUUGGAAGCUGCCUGGGCUCUGAGGCAGCAGCACCUUCUUGGCCUUUGCUUCCCCACCACCUGUGCACAGAUGCUCUUGGAUGUAUUUUGUCCUUCUGUUCCCUCCCUUUUGCAGCUCCACUCCCCUUAUGUACAGACCUGGAUCCUUAAGCUCUUGUUUAGGGAAAGAAGGGUACGUGUGCAGAUAGUUAUUGUGUAUAUUUGAAUUAAAUAUGUGUAUGUGUCUGCAAAUAAUGUAUUUUUUUGUAUUUUAUGCAAAUUAAUGCAUAAUAUAUGAUUGUGUAGGGAGGUAUUCAGGGGGCUGUACAGUAUUCCUGAAGAGAAGAGGAACUGACCUAAAGUUUGAGAACUGCUGCCCUAGAUCAAAAGGAGUCAAUGCACAUACACUGGCUAAAAGGCAGUUUCUGACAGACAGGUUAAUAUGUAUAUUAUUUAACUGAUGACCUUAAAGAGUAAAUUUGAAUUACAGAAAAAUCUGUGCUUCAUUUUCCUUUAAUUACACUAUUGCUUUGUUUCCACUAACAGAUUUUCUACCAUUACCUUCUAGAGAUCAACAUUAGAAUCAUUGUUCUUAGUUACAACUGUUUGAGCUUGCUAAUAGCAGAUGUUAUUAAUGUUUUUAUUAACCACUGAAGCUGCAAGUUAGGACAACAUGUUGCAGUUGCACCCUGGUAUGUGGCGAGACCCCUUACCCAAAUGGCACCAAAGCUUUAGAGGAUGAAUUGAUGCCUGGGUUUAUUUUGGAGGGAAGUUGCUAAGCACUUUCUAAUUUGUUUUUUUUUUUCUUUCUAUUUUCAGUUACUGUUGUAAAAUAAACUUCUUAGUUGAAGUUCCAAUGUUUGCUACUGUUCAUUUGAAAGACAUUCAAAUGAUGGAGACAGUGGGUUCCCAUUUGUAGCAUUUCUGUAAGAUAAACAGUGUAGCAUAUCUGUAACAUAUGUUCUAAAGGAUAUGUUCUGUUUUGAUGAGCUAACUGAAGACUAAAGAUAUCUUAGAUAUUUAUCCUUUGGCUUUUGUCUUAAAGUUUUAUUAUUUUUAUACAGAAAUCUCACUGGCUAAUUUUUAAUCUGUCUUCUGAUUGUACUGUUCUUAGGCAAUGUAAAAAGUAGGGAUACAUAAAUGUGGUUUGAUAAUGGCUUAAAGUGUACUAGAAAAUGUGGACUUAGGGGUCUUAUUUAGACAUGUAGUUAAUCAGUGUUACAUGCAUGAGAAUUUCAUGGCCACUUUAAUUUUGCUU